GGCCCCAUCUGGAGUACUGCACCCAGGCGUGGGGCCCUGUAUGAGAACUGUUGAACUGCAACUCCACCUGUGUGACCGGAAGGGGUGGAGCCAGGCUCCACCUCUCCUAAACCCCAUUUAAGGGCUGACUGCCACGGAGGAAGGAUUGCUCUCUGAAGAUCACUCCUCUUGGAGCCCUUUUGGCGAGCCCAGGACACGGUGCAACAGCUUCUGGAGACCCAGGUGGGACCCCACAGGUGACGGUCCUCUCGGCACCAAGCGUCCAGUUGCCAGCAGCAGCUUGGAAGCAAGCUACGUGUGGGAAAUAUACUUGGUGCAGGAAAGGGGAUGUCCUUAGCCAAGGUGCUGGAAAACUGAAGGAAAACAGAUGAAACUGCAGAUCUAUCAACAAAAACCCGCUCUAUGAUUCUGCGUUUCUAUGACGUAAGCACGGGCCCCACGCAGCCCUGGUGCAGCACAUCACAAGAGCAGCAGCCCGCGGGGAGCCGCCACCCGGAAUCUCGGAGCCGUGAGGUCACAAUGCCCCGUCCAAUGGCUGUGCGGUGCUGUGCCGUGAGCUCACAAGGCCUGGCUGCGACGCUGACCUGUGCCGCAGGCUUUGCUCUGUGCGACGCUCACUGUGGCUGCAGCGGUGGUGUUGGAAGCAUGGUGCGAGUGUGGGGAGCCAUGGCCCCUGCCCGCUUUGUCCUCUUCCUCCUACUGAUGGCCAUGUGUUUCCGGGAGACCUGUGCUGCUCCGUGGCGAGCACCGGGAGCAGGUGAUGAACUUGGUGCUCCCUUUUCGGAUGAUCGUUUGGAUCCGGAUUUUGUGCCUGUGCCUCUGGGACAACCCAGAGGCCCUGCUGGUGAAUCAGCAGAACAGAAUCCUGCCUCUGAGCCUGAAGGGGAUGCUGGAGAUGUGACUGGAGGAGGUGAUCCAGGUUCCGCUCUGAGCUCUGGGACUGAAACUCCAGCAGAUCGCAUGGGAGUGCCCCCAGGGAGGGCUUUGCCCGGUCAUGCGUUUCCUCCUGCGCUGGAGCCCAGCUGGAAUCCCAGCGGUCCGGAAAAAGGAAAGGAUGAAUCCAAAAGAGGAAAAUACUCCCAGGGCUCAUCCCGUCUCCUCAAGGAACUGGUGAAGGAAAUGGAGAAGGCAGCGCGUGGAACUGACCAACAAAGUGAGCAGGAUGCACUGCAGGAAGAAGGCAGCCAUCCCACACUGCCAGUCUCGGGCAGAGGAACGCAGGCAGCGCCAACAACUGUCAUGCCAGGGAUGAAUGCCGGGACGAGCACAAAGGCUGCUGCUGGCAGAUCUGCGCGAAGGCGCCACAUCGCAGCGAUGGUACUGUUCUCAGCUGUGCUGCUGUCUGCGCUGGUGCUGGCCUGUGGUGCUGUGAUAUGGAUGUGCCAAAAAUACGUAGUGUGCAAGAGAGAAGAGAGAGCAGCAGAGCAGGCUCAUCCUGAUACCAACUAGGAGAGAGUUCCAACUGGAGACGAGAGCAGAACAGAGCUGGGAGAGGCAGCCGAAGAGACUCUUGCCCCAUCAAAGAAGAAUCUCAGCCAUCGUCCCACUGCAUUCCAUUCUGCCAUCCAAGAGGCCAAAGGUCUUCAAAGUCAUCUGGAAGACUUGGAGCUUGAACUCAAAGCCAUGAAAGAGGUCCACGGGAACAGUCCUGAGUGCUGCUUUCUGUCAGGGGACGGCCCUGAAAGUGAGAGCGGAGAACCAGCAGCAGAGCUUUUGUCCUUCACCCUGCAUUCUCUGGGACAAGCAUCAGCAACUUUUCAAAGAUUCUUAGCUCAGCAUAGCUACAAUCCUGUUGAGGGUCCUAAUGAGGAGCCAGAAAGCGAGCUUCCUCUGACCGCUGGACAACACCUUAACGUCUUUGGAGCUGUGGAUGAGAAUGGCUGGUUUCAGGGAGAGCUGACAGAUGGCACAAGAGGACUGGUCCCAUCCAAUUUGGUUGCGGAGGUUUCAGAUGAUGAACUGGAUACAACGAUGCCUCCGGAGCUCUGUGCUCUCCUGCUGGAUACUUGAUGAAUAAGUGGAUGCAGAGAUUCCAUCAUGCAGCAACAUCCUGUCAAAAUUCCUGCGUUACUCCAUCUGCAGGACUACCCCCUGCUCCACUUGAUGUUCAGGUGGGGUGUGUGCAGGACGUGGAUGAGCUCCUUUGGGAACACUCUGAGGUGACUGACAGUGUAACUGCAUAGUCUUGUGGUAUAUUAAACAAACAAACAAACAAACACCACCCACAAUAAAACAAACAACCAACCAACCCAAAAAGCGCUGCUCUUUUUCUUGGAUACACUGAGGUGAUCCUUUUUCUAGCUGAGACUUUGCAAUGAGUCUUGAAGCAGAUUUGAGCCGGUAGAAGUUGGCAGUGAAUGCAUUCCGUUCUCCUGAUUUCCUUGCUGGUCAGAGUUAAGGUGCCAUGCAUCCAUUCCCCAGCCCUAGCUGUCUCCUGAAUCAUGAGGACAGCCUUUCCAUAUUGUGGAAAGAACUGGAGUGGAUUCACGCUGAAGGACAAGAUGCUUGCAGACACGUAAGCUCAAGAAGAGAAUGCAGAGUCCACGGAAACUCGCUGCCAAACAACGAUGAGAAAGUAGAAUAGGCUCCUGUUGUUGAAGAUGGGACGGUGAAACAGAUGUCUCAGCUCAACGCAACGCCAGUAGGAGCUGGUUCGGGCUACCCCCCCUUAAAAGGUCGGAAGUUCACAGCAAGGUAGACUACGAGCCUUCAUCCACUGACCGCCAGAGACCCCCACCACAUUUUUAGGACGCGUGCUCAAGAGGGUGGGACAAUAUGUUAAUAGUUUCUCAGAAUUCCAGCCCAUUUUUGUGGAACGUAAUGAAUAUGUGGAUGUUAUGUCUGUAAGUAUGUAACCAGUGCUUUUCUCUGUGUGCGAGUUAGGAGGAGAUAUCCCCCCCCGCACCCGGCGCCGUAAUGAGCGUACCUGCUUUGUAACCUUACGUGGGUUCCAGAGUUUGAUUCCACACGUCACUCCCUUCACUAUUAAGAGGACAAAGAACUUCUGGCACAGAAGGAUGCCCACCUGCAAGGCUCAAAUUGCACGCUGCUUCCUCCCUCUCUGCUCAGUAAAACUCUGUGUUGGGCUCAUUUGGAA